CGGCGUCACCGCUGCGCGCGGGCGCGCCCGUGGCGUCACCCUCCGGCAUGGCGGCUCGGCGGGCGCUGCACUUCGUCUUCAAAGUGGGCGAUCGCGGCCGGACUGCGCGGUUCUACCGGGAGCUGCUGGGCAUGAGCGUGCUGAGGCACGAGGAGUUCGAGGAGGGCUGCAAAGCCAGCUGCAACGGCCCUUAUGACGGAAAAUGGAGCAAAACAAUGGUGGGCUAUGGGCCAGAAGAUGAUCACUUUGUCGCAGAAUUGACUUACAAUUACGGUAUUGGAGAAUAUCGCCUGGGCAAUGACUUUCUGGGCAUAACACUUGUGUCCAGCCAAGCUGUCAACAAUGCUAAGAAGAUGGGGUGGCCCCUCAAAGAAGUCACGACUGGUAUUUUUGAAGCUGAAGCCCCAGGGGGUUAUAAAUUCUACUUGGAAGACAAAGAACAGCUCAAGCAAGAUCCUGUGCUAAAGGUAACCCUCGGUGUCUCCGAUCUGCAGAAGUCUGUUAACUACUGGUCUGAUUUGCUCGGGAUGAAAAUAUAUGAGAAGGAUGAGGAGAAACAAAGGGCUUUGCUAGGCUAUGCAGAUAACCAGUGUAAGCUGGAGUUGAAGAGUGUUGGAGGAGUGGUGGAUCACGGGACAGCGUUUGGGCGGAUUGCCUUCUCCUGUGCAAAGGAAGAGUUGCCAAACAUUGAAGCACUGAUGAAAAAAGAGAAUCAGAAAAUUUUAACGCCUCUGGUUAGCUUGGACACACCUGGCAAAGCCACAGUGCAAGUGAUUAUUUUGGCUGAUCCUGAUGGCCAUGAAAUCUGUUUUGUGGGAGAUGAAGCAUUUAGAGAUCUGUCCAAGGUGGACCCUAAUGGUGACAAGUUGUUAGACGAUGCCAUGGCAGAAGACAACAGCGACAAAUGGUUUGCUGCACAGAAAAUGAAGAAGGCUUCAGCUUAGCUGGAGAAAAGGACUGGACUGCUCCUUCCUGCCUUGGUUUUCAUCUGAGAAAAAUGCUAAUCCUAUGUAACGUGUUGCGUUACCUCUUCCAGUAAGAGGGUGCCAUGAUGUCCCAUGCUUGUUGGUUUCUUUGAUUUAAGCUUGUGUCUCUUACUGCUGCUCUCUCCUUCCAGGCAAAUGGCAUGUUCCCCUUAAAACAGAAAACAGUUAAGCUAGGCAGUAAGGAGCAGGGUGAGCACGUGGCUUCAAAACCGGGGGUCACCAGUUAAGAGGCAAACAGCACAUUUCUGUGCUGUUGCUAUACUUGAAAAAAGAGGUUGCUGGAUUUGUUACAGUAUCUAGUUCUCUAACUGGCUUUAGCCAUCCUGGAUUUGCAGCUUAGAGAAGAGGUUUUUGGGUAGCUGUGAGUGCAGCAGGUACCCCGCUUCAGCGGAAAUGUGUCAGCUGAAGGCGGGGGGCUGUGUAUGUGGAACUUGAGCAGUUCAGCUGUCGUAGCGAAUGCCUGAUUAUUGGGAACAGAGAAAUUAUCUCGCUAAAGCACUUGAAUAUUCUUGUCUGGAACAAACCCCGUUUUCAUUCCAAGGUGUUUCCCCAGUUUUUGAGGUGAAAUGUCCCCCCUUGGAAGCCGUGGUGCAUUUCUCACUAGGGUCACCUCAUUGACAUGGUGGUUUCCUGCCUUCCCCAUUGCAGGUGGGACCGGGGCCGUGCCGCAGGGUGCGGAGCAGCGCUGCACUGCCUGCUGAGGUGCUGGGCAGGAACUUAAAAUAAGUGUAUCAUGGUUUGCAAUUAGCUUUUGAUGAGAAAUUGCCUUUGGAAGUAAUGGUUCAGGGUUUAUUCUGUCGGAAUGAAGUUGCUCUGCUUUUGCUAGUGGAAUAAUGGCUGGGAAUACAGGGAGUAAUUACCGAUGUUGUCCGUGUCAGGCACGCUGUCUGGUUUGUAAUCUUUCUUGAUGUAAAACUUUCACAGAGAAAAGUAGGCAAAAUCGGUAGUGUUGGCAGCCGCUGAGGCCUGUUGGUGCUUGUAGUGAAUAUUCUGAGAAUAAACUGGAAAAAUUCCUCACUCCGA